AGGAGCGAGCGGAGGGACGGAGGUCGAGAGUCGAGGGCUGCCUCACUCUGCGGCUCCCGCCGCUCGGGAGCAGACACGCGGGGCCAAAAGACUAAUUUGAACUAUUUUAUUAACAAAAACAAAAACAUUACAUAUUUGUAAAUAACACUACUAACAACUGUAAACACGAAACAGCGCAACAACACAUUUCUCCUAAGGACUCUCUUUAAAUCUUACCUUACACCUGUAAGACAACCGCCUGUAAAAAGAAAGAAGGGAAAGGACGGAGGGAAGGAAGACACGAAGUGAAAGAAGCGCACGCGGCCGGACAGAGAAAGAAAUUGAGAGAAAGGGAGUGAAAGAGAAAGCGGGGGAGAAUAGGAGAAGGAAAGAGCCGGGACGCGCGUACGACGAGGUAACUCCGGUUUUUUUUUCCAAAGUAGAAUGUGUCAUACGAGCGUGUACACAUAAGCAAUACACAGUAAAGAAGAAACAAGUUGCAAAAGAGAGUCGAACCGUAGAAAAAUCUAUUUUCUGAAGUUACUCCCCAGUCGGACUGGUGCGCGUCGCGGCGGAAGUGAAGAGGACGAGACGAGAGUAUAAACGCGAGAGAGGGAGAGAGGGAUCGCGAAAGGCGAGAUCGUAAAAGAGAGCACGCAUCGACUGCUACAGGACGGGAUAAUCGCAUUUUAAGUUCUCUCUGUACUGUGUGACCCUUACAUUAUUUUGUCCCUCCGAUAGGGACGGGUUCAGUGUUGUAACUUAGAAUAUAAGAAGACUAAAAAGAGCUGCGGAGCGCACAACAAAAAGAUAGAAAGAGAGUGAAAGAAAGAGACAGAGAGAGAGAGAGAGAGAGAAAGAGAGAGAGAGAGAGAGGGAGGGAGAGAGAGGGAGAGACAGAGAGAGCAAAGGAAGAUUUGGGAUUCCGGAAGAAGAGAGAACUCGGAAGGAGAAGAAUAGUGUAUGGUUUGUGACUGGCAACGCGUCCACGUCGAGGAACGUUUGCGAGAACGAGAAGAGAGGACGGGAAUCGCGAGCAGCAAUCAACACGAGGGACGGGAGGAAGAAAACGUUCACGAAGGACGGCUCCGUCGUGUAGAGAUACAGUGAAGCUCCAAUUUUUUAUACUAGAGGAAGAAUCUGACAAAAAAAAAGCGUGAAAGAGAGAGAGCGAAAGCGAGAGAAAGAGAGAGAAAGAGAGAGAGAGAGAGAAAGAGCGAGAGAACAAGAGAGAAAGAGAGAGAAAGACUCGGGAGAAUCAGGGAGAGUGCGAAAGGGGAGCGGAGGAUUGAUCCUGUCCGCGUUUCCGCGUGCACUUCCACGUGUGUCUUUCGAUACGACAAAACUGCGACGAACUCAAAUCCUGACGACUCGAGGUCUCCCAUUCAGAGAAGAGAUCUAGGAGAGUUGGGGUACCGAGACGGAGGAGUGACACGUUCGUGACACCGUCGAUCGAUAUCCGGUCUCGAAUAACAUAAUCCGGCUCGCGUGCACGCUUCCUUUGGGGGAUAUGUCCUGCCGUUCCAGAGGGAGUCGUCGUCAUCCGGGAGCGCAAACUUCGCAACGUCGAGAACAACGUCAAUCCGAGUGCCGUCCCUGCGUCCUGGACCCCGCGGCCGGCAAGCUGUCCUGACGAAAAAAGGACCGCCCCCUCAGCUCGUCCCAAUCGAAACAGCGCGAACAUCGACGAACAGCAGUCAUAUCAGAUACGCGAUCGUCCCCCGGGCACGCGGACCCGUCGCGAAAAAGGGCCCGUCCGGGGAUGCCCGCCAGGGCCCAGCUACGUUCCGGUCUCGCGUACGUUCAAGGACGAUGACGAUCGGCCAAGACGAUCGGUAAGAUCCAGGCAGCGCGAACACGCGCCAGCAUCACCGAGAUGGCGGGCUACAAUCAUUCGAACCCACAGCGUGUCGUCUACCACGCGACCUACCCGACGCCCCUCGCUCCAAAUGGCGACCCGAUAAAGCUUCCCGAAAAUCUGGAAACCUUGCCGCGAGCUGAACACUUUCCAACUCAGAGGCACCGAUGGAACACCAACGAGGAAAUUGCCGCCAUCCUAAUCAGUUUUCAGAGGCACGCCGAAUGGCAAAGUCGGGAGGUAAAAGUACGACCACGAAGUGGUUCAAUGUUACUGUACUCGAGGAAGAAAGUACGCUACCGGCGGGACGGUUAUUGCUGGAAGAAAAGAAAAGAUGGAAAGACUACACGGGAGGAUCACAUGAAACUGAAGGUUCAGGGAGUCGAGUGCAUCUACGGCUGUUACGUGCACUCGGCGAUCCUUCCGACGUUUCAUCGCCGGUGUUACUGGCUACUGCAGAAUCCGGACGUUGUUCUCGUUCAUUAUCUGAACGUCCCUUAUCCGGACGGUGAUGCGAAGCUGGCGGCCCUACCACCCUGCCUCGCGCUGCCGCCAGACAAGAAGGAGUGGACGCGAGACGAGCUAGCGUCGCAAUUAAGGCCCAUGUUCCUCGGUGGAGAUGACGAUCCGAACAAUCCUCAUCUCACGCAGCACUCGAACCAUCCCGUCGACAUGAUAGUCUCUCAACUGCUCGAUAGGCAGAGGGCAUCCUCCACUACCACUACCAGCAACACUCAACUCGCACCUAGGAGACUUACGCCCGACAAUCAGGUCUCUUCAACAACGGGAGGUCAACAACAAUCGACGACGGCGGCUCCGGCUCCCCGUGUGUACUCAAGACAUUCCCAUUCCACUCAGAGUCAACAGCCGGCUCCUCUAGUUUUAAGUUUGCAACAAAUUCAAGGCGGUGGUGGUCUCCUGAUACUUAACAGUCAACCAUAUCAUCAUCAGCAGCAACAACAGCAGCAGCAACAGCAGCAGCAGCAGCAGCAGCAGCAACAGUCUCAACAACAGCAGCCGCCGCAGCCACAGUCACAGCAGCAGCAGCAGCAACAGCAGCAGCAACAGCAGAGUCAGCAGGUGGAGAUGCAACAGGUCACAGAGCAACAAAUUGUACCGCAGACCAGCGUCGACCGAGAACAGCAAACGCAGCAAGAAAUCGACGCGCAAGAGAGCAUGGACAGGUCUACUGUGCAAUCUCUGCCGAUGGGCGGUUCCGGCACCGAGGUAACCGAUUUCGCGGAGACUCUGGAUCUUAGUCAGGAAGACAUUCAGAGGACACUGUCAGCCAACAUGGUGCCCCCAUCGCCGACGCCUUCGCCGGCGGACAACAGCAUGAUCAAUCCGAUGGACUUUAUCGACUCGUCGGACGACGUGCUGGUCAAUCUGGACGCGUUCGACGUGUUCGGCGAUUUGCCGGAGCUGCACGACUUCGAGGCCGAGCAGACGAAGCACGAGGAACAGCGCGGUGGUCCCGAGAACGACGUCGGGUGUCAUCCUGGUACAACCGUCCAUAUUGCAGAAUAUAGUCCUGAGUGGAGUUACACCGAGGGUGGUGUAAAGGUAUUAGUUGCUGGUCCAUGGACCGGCGGUAGUGGUUCCCAGUCGUAUUCAGUACUUUUCGAUGCGGAACCGGUCGAAGCGUGUCUCGUGCAACCAGGUGUACUACGUUGUCGAUGUCCCGCACACGCACCAGGAAUAGCGUCCCUCCAGGUGGCCUGUGACGGUUUCGUCGUGUCCGAUAGCGUUGCCUUCGAAUAUCGUAGAGCGCCAACGAGCGAACCUAGCCCAGAGAAAGCUCUACUGGACCGUCUUGCCGACGUCGAAGCACGUCUGCAGGGUCCCGGUCCGCCAUCUCCCGCAGCUCAUCUGGAAGAGCGACUGGUUGCUUAUUGCCAGGAUGCUGUUGUCCGUCCUUGGCGAACUGGAGCGGAACCUCUUCAAUCCGGUGGGCCUACCCUCUUGCAUCUGGCGGCCGGAUUGGGGUACUCCAGGUUAGCCUGUGCACUCCUUCACUGGAGAGCAGAAAAUCCUAGUAGCGUUUUGGACGCCGAGGUCGAUGCUCUUAGGCAAGAUAGCGCCGGCCUUACGCCACUUGCUUGGGCUUGCGCGGCAGGGCAUGCCGACACCGCCAGGAUUCUUUACAGAUGGAAUGCUAUGGCACUACGCGUGAGGGACUGUCAGAAUAGAGCGGCGACCGAGCUGGCCGCGGAGAACGGUCACACGGCGAUCGCCGAAGAACUGAAUCAGCUCGAAACCCGAAGGCAAGACGAGAGGCUUUUCUUGCGACCCGCCAGCCCUAGCCCUAGGCGGCCAUCUCAAGACAGCGGUCUCGAUCUGGCGUUGUGUGGCUCACCGCUGCUGGACAACAUGGAAUUGUUGCAAGAAGAUGAGUCGUCGUUAGGCCUCAGCGAACAGGGAAUGGAGAGCGCUCCGACCCCUCAGGAGACCGUAGGGGAAGAAGACGCGAGGGUGCUGACAUUGGCAGAGCAAAUUAUAGCGGCGCUACCGGAAAGGAUCAAGAGGGCGGAGGGUGAUUCUCCGUCUUCUUCCUCGCCACCUCCACCCACGGCGCCUCUGUCACCCUUGGAAGACGCUCUCAUGGAACAAAUGCCUCUCGACUCCGGGGAACUCUUCGACUCGUACCGCGACUGCAGCGGCGGCGCCGCUUCGGUCUCGGAUGCCGACGCCGACGCCAGUCCCUCGAGUCCCUCCAGCAGUUGCUUGACGCCGGACUCGCCGUCCCCGCCGCCCACCACCGCCGAUUUCUGCGAGUUUCUACAGCUGCAGCUGCAGCUCGACGGCAACGGGAACGCUCACAGCGGUCAGUACUACUCGUCGAACGGCUGUGGCGAGCGCAAAUUGAACGGCAUGAUCGGCUCCGGGGCCAUGUCGGCGGUUGGCGUCGGGAAUGGCAACGGCGACGGCAAUGAGGCGGAUCUGAGCAGACUGACGCUGUCCGAUCGCGAGCAGAGAGAGCUCUAUCACGCCGCCAGGAUGAUCCAGAAAGCGUACAGGAAUUACAAGGGUCGCCAGAGGCAAGAGGAGGCCGAGAGGCACGCCGCUGUUCUGAUUCAGCAGUACUAUCGUCGUCACAAACAGUACGCUUAUCACAGGCAAGCCACGAGGGCAGCGCUGGUGAUCCAGAACAACUACCGAAAUUAUCGCGCGCGGCCGGGCUCGGCCAGCGCGAGGCAGCAGGCUGUUCAUCAGCAGGCGGCCCAUCAGGCAGCGAGGAAGAUCCAGCAGUUCAUGCGGCAGUCCAAGAUCAAACUGCAGAACGCCAAGGUCGUCGCAAACGGGAGCGGGAGGCUGCCAGCGGUCACUUCACGAGCGGCUGCUGCCCUCCAAAGCUCGCCCUCAUCUAGCCCAGGGGCCAGCCUAGUAGCCGUCAGCCCGGGGGUCACCUAGUUGACUGUCAGUCCAACGGCACGCGGAGCAGCGGCGACGAGAAUUCGGUAGCGAAAUAACACGGCCGGUGGUGAGAGCCGUUGGCGAACGACGCCCCGGAUCGGCCAUCGUCACGCUCUGAGGGAGUAUGCGAGGUUGUUAACGACGACUAUAACUACUACGAGAGGGUACCAGACGUACGACACGGAUGAUAUACGACUUUGCUCUCUGCGUCUCUGAUUUGCGUACCCGAUGGUCAACCAACAUCUAGUCUUACCUGUCUUUCAAUCUUUUGUCCCCUUACAUCAAUAAUUGAGUUAACACCGCGUCUCAUCCUCGACCGCUCGUUCUUUUCGCUUGUAUCUUACGCUAUUACUCUCUACGCGCCCCUGCAUUCUCCUCGAGCGAGCAUUAGUGUAGCAGAAAAUAGGCGAACCUAUCGUAAGUGAGUUUGCUGAAAACCUAUAACGAGAUCGAUCGACUGAAGAAAGCUUGUAGAGUUUUACCUUUCGCUUAAGUAAGAUGUAAGGUGUAUAUAACUGACGUAUCUCUCCAGGAGUACGAGGUCCGCUUGUUCCGACACAUACGUUGAUUCCUUGCUACAUUGCGACAACAUCGGAGUUGACGAGUCGUUCCCGUGAUACUUUAUCAAGUCCUUGCGUGCACCGAGCUGAAUCGCACAAAAUCGUUGUCGCUUUUCGUAGGUUGAAAUAGUUCGCGAAUUUACUGCUGGCAGAUCUUUUUAAAACGAAACGUUUCUUCAACACGAGGCUUUUCACAAGUGUAGACUUUUUUCUCCUUUGAUGACACUGGUUGACGUAUUCGAAGCCUUCUUCGGGGACGAAGAUCGCGUAAACUGAGUCAAGCGCAGCGUGCAUUUUUAAUUAUAAUUGAUAUCAAAUUCACAUAAAAUUGAAUCAAUUUCGAUACCGCAAUUUUUUUAAUAUUCGAAAUAAAAUAUGAACAUUAA